AUGGAGGCUGUUCCUUCUCCAGAAUGUGACUGUUUUUCUGAACUCAUUCUUUUGUAUAUUGCCAAACUAAAAGCACGUUUCGUUCAAUCAUUAGACUUCUGCGUAACUGGUAAUGUCUGCACAUUGAAAAGUAUGAUUAAAAUAGAAACUAAUAAAUGUAUUUACACCUAUAUGAAAAAGCUGACGGCAGUACAUGGAAUUCAGUCUGCUUUUGAUGAGGCCGUGUCAUACUGCCGCUACCAUCCAUCCAAAGGGUACUGGUGGCACUUCAAGGAUCAGGAAGAGAGAGACAAAUUGAAACCCAAAACCAAGAAGAAAGAAGAACCUAGCUCGUUUUUUCAGAGGCAGAAAAUCAAUUCACUUCUUUAUGACCUGAGGCAGAGAUUUCAACCAAAAUUUGUCCAGCAAAAAGUGGGAGAGAGACCUAUACCAGUGGAGCAAAUAAAGAAAGAAACUGUUGAACCAGUUCCUGAAACUAUCAAACAGGAACCAAAGGAUGCUACUAAGCCCCCCAAAGAAAGCAGUGGAGCAAAAGGCCCUCCAGAGAAGAAGAUGAGAGUGCAGUAAAAUGUUGUGGACUCUCUUGUGUGCUGUUCAGUGCAGUACUGCCUGACCUAAUUAAAAUACAAUGGUUUACAUCAGCCUAGAAGAUCUUUACCUAAAACUUGGGUGGAUGUACUUGGUUUCUGUUUGGAAUUAUAUUUGCAGAUAAAUGAUCAUUUAUUACUGCUCUGCUGCA